UGCCUGCCGACGCGCCUCUCCUGUGCAGCCCCCCUCAAGAAGAGCUUUUUAUGAAAAGAAACCUCGGGAUUUUUUUUGAAAGGGAGAAGAAUCUGCAUAAUACCAGUGAAGUGGAUAAAAGCGCACGGCUGGGUUCUUUUUGCGUUCUGUCUUGCGUUUUCUCCUCUGGUGUCUGAAUGAAACAGAGAGACAGAUAUACGGGGGAGAGAGGGACGGUGCAGGUUCUGGACUGGGAGUCGAUCUGUCAGUGUAAUUUUGAGUAAACACGUUUCCAGCGCGCCUCGCUUUAACUUUUAUUCCUUCACAAACUGGCUGAGCUCGACUCUUCUUCUCUUGCACCGCGGAGUUCGGUUUUUUUUUCUCGGUACGAGGAGACUUUUGGUGUUUUUCCCCCUUCAGAGAAACUGCUUAAACUUUCUACGUUUAAAAAAAUAAAUAAAAAGAUCGGAUUGCAUUUUCCCCCUUCAAACAUUUUGGCGGUGAUGUCAUCGUGCUGUGUUUUGGCAGGUAUUGUGUCGAGAGGGCGCAGGGAGGACUACUGCAGCCAGGCGGUAACCAGCGGCUGAAGAAAGCGGAGAAGUCCGGAAAAUCAGGUGCAAAGUGCGGCUGUCAUUUCCUCGCCGUGUCGCGGGUGGCUGAGUCCGCCACCCAGUCACAGCUGUUCCCAUCCUCUCCAGCCACCCCUCCCUCCCUCGUCUUUCUUUCCCCUUUAUUAUCCCCUCCCAUUCUCAUUCAGCACUCUCCAUAUACCCCUCUGAGCUGGACCGCUCGGGGACCUUAUCACCCUGUCUGUCGAACACUGUCGGUCGGUGUCACCUGAGCCACACAUCCGUUGAGCCAGCGUGGGUGAGCAGACAUGACCCAGGCCGCCUUGCAAUACCCUGCGCCCGCGGAGCCCCCUUCUCCUGGUCGCCGUUUACUCCACCAGCCAAUCCAGGUAGCCCACCUUCACCAGCUUCUGACCCCGCUCUGCUGGGACUAAGGCUUCCUCCUGCUCCUGUCUGUGACGGGACAAACACUCUUUUAUCAUCUCACCAACUGCACUGUUCAUUUUGGAGACCAGAAGCUUGCUUUUGCGCCCAAACGUUACGCAUUGGAUUACGCAAAAGAUUACACACGCGUCGCAUCUGUUCACGGGGCCAAGCAUCACUCUGGGGGUCAACAAGGUCGAUUGGAACUGGCUAUCUGUGACGCGUGAGCGCGCUUUCACCUGUUCAUCUCCUUGUCGGGCACGCGCAGCGUCAGCCUUUAAAGUCCUAACCCUUUGCUCCCCCGCCCAUCCGUCCUUCCACUUGUCUGGACAGCUGUUAGAGGUUGCCCGGCGGUCACAGUGGCACAGUUAUCCCGGCUUCGCACCCACCCUUGCCCGUGUCCUGCACAUCUACCCACGCCGGGGAACCCGGGGCACGUCGCCGCCGAUGCCAAGAGGAGUGUCCGCUGACUCUUGGACUCUUCACAACAUCCACCGGAUUCAGAACACAGAGGGGAACUCUCCGGACUGUCGGACUGGCUCAGACCAAGCGAGGAGACUGUCUCUGGGCCAAGUUCCAUAGUGGAGGGGGGAAGCAAUGUGGUCCCUUCUUUCCACGCUGACCGUCUUAUGUAUCCAGAUGUUGCUGGUGAUGUGCAAUCCAUUACAGCAGGUACUUGGUGUGGAUGGAGUCAACUUCAGCGUGCAUGUGGAGAACCAGACGCAGGUGCGAGACACCAUGAGUCGGCGACACCACAGAGUCUACCAGCUCUAUAGCCGCACCAGUGGCAAGCAUGUCCAGGUGCUGGGACGCAGAAUCAGCGCCCGAGGAGAAGAUGGAGACAAAUAUGCCCAGCUCGUAGUGGAGGCCGAUACCUUUGGUAGCCAGGUGAGAAUCCGGGGCAAAGAAACCAAUUUCUACCUGUGCAUGAACCGCCGCGGCAAGCUAGUAGGAAAGAAGGCCAGCAAUCGCAGCGCCGACUGCGUCUUCGUGGAAAAGGUUCUGGAAAACCACUACACAGCUCUGAUGUCAGCGCGCUACACGGGCUGGUAUGUCGGCUUCACUAAAAGAGGGCGUCCUCGCCGUGGCCCCCACACACUCCCCAACCAGCAGGAUGUACACUUCAUGAAACGCUUCCCGCCUGGGGAGCAGCCUGACUUCACCACCCCCUUCCGCUUCACCACCAUCAGCAAGCGGGGCAAGAGGGUGCGCGCUACUGGGCCCCGCUAGUAGCGGCUAAUGCUAGCACCCACUGUCUUGUCAUCCAAAGCCUUGACCUGAGCCUGCCAAUGGCUAACCUAGUCAUCUCUUCUGUCGCACAUGAUUGAACACCUCUCUUUGUUGGGACAAACAUUGACCAGAAAGUUGAUGAAUCAUUCAUGAGGUUUAGCUUCACUCCUCCUAAUUUGCCACUACAGCCCCCUAGUUAGUGAUCAUUCCUCUCAGUUAUAACUCCCUCACUGGACCAACUGGACGAUAACUGGCCCGAUGCUGGAAGCUCUUUGGACCUGGUCUGCUUCCCUUCAUAGGCCACAAAGACUGACAAGAGAACCUGAAGGGCAGCCAGAGUCCCAGGCUCUAGAAAAGCUUUUAUUCCACAACCACAAAAACCACAAGGCCUUCGUGUCUCCUGUUGUCGACCAGGUGGAUGAUGUCAAGUAUGGGAUUACAACUGGACCAUACAGACAGAACAAGGGUGGGAAAGACUGACUAAAUAAGAGAGUGGGUGUGUAGCCUACGGAUAAAGGAAAGCAGGAAGGAGAGGACAGGAAAAUGGUGGAGUGGACAAAGGGAUAAAGUGAUCUGCACAGAUCAAAUGGGCCAAUAAUGGACUGUUGACAUGUGACGCACUUAUUCGUCUCACUGCUAAAUUGGUGGGAACCUGUGAGAGUGUGGAUGAAUGGCUGGGCGGAUGAUUACAGGAUGAAUGAGGGAACGCCGGAGUGAGUGACUUACCGAGUAAAUGCAUGUUUGUAAGAAGAAGAAGACGACGAUGAGGAAAUGUAUGUUAAGAGUGUGUGUUUGUACGAGUGAGUGCAACAACCAUGAGUGAAGCUGGAUCACAAGGGACUCUGGAAAGGGACCACGCAGUCCCUGCAUGAACCCGUGACAACUCACCGCAGGGACUGAAGCUUUAGGAACUGGAAUGUAUAAUAAAAACCAAGCUGCACCAAAAAACAGCCAGCCAAUCACAGCAAACCAAACCGACGACCAACCAAAGACAACUGGAGACCUUCUUCAUGACUCCUCCUCAUGCCCUGCCCCCCUCCCCAAGGACACUACACCCCUCAGCCUUCAGGUGCAGAGGGUGAUGAGUGCAGGGGCGAGCCCGGCGGGGAGGGUGCCUUCUCUAUUAGCAUUGCUAUAGAAACGACCCAGGGGAUGAUGCUCCUGUGCGAUACCGUGGAUACAGAAUGCUGCUACCAGGACAUUCAGUGGAACAAACCAAAGUCUCAUGCAUACACACAGGAGAAAAAAUAUUAAAGGGAACAAUUUAUUGAAAGUUAUAAAUAUAUAUAUAUAUAUUAUAUAUAUAAAAGAAGACAGAAACCCUAAAUAAGCAAUCUUACUAUGAUGGUUACUAUAAUUAUUACGAUAAAAUUAUUUCAUUUAUUUAUUUCAGCUCUGUGUGCAGCAGUCUUUCUCGACUCAGUAAACCUUACAGAAACA